AGUGCGCCAAGCGAUAUUAUGUAGAUUUUUUUGCGAUCUGUCUUGUUAAAUGUUGCAUAGGAAAUGUUUUUCUACCAAAAUGUUCAAGUGGCCUAAACAAUUUAAUCAGCUUUUAGUUUUACAAUUAUGAAAUGCGUAAACAACUACUCCGCUAAUUGUAUCGCUAUAUUAGAACGUUGGCCGAAAUUAGCUUGGGACUAAAAUUAAAUGUUGCUUGAUUCCGAUUAGUCAAUAACAUCUAACUAAACAAAACUAAGCAAUUUUUUUUGAUUAGAAUUAAUAAAUUUGCGAAUGUUGCACAAUCUUACUUUCUAUGGCUAGUAAAAACAAAAUUGAAACUUCGAGAAAAUUUGUUCACACACUUUUAUCUCCUGCCAAAAUGUCGGGAGGUGCGACUGGGCCGCUGCUCUACGCCGUCUGUGCGGCUGUACUUGGCAUGCUACAAUUUGGCUUUAACACCGGUGUCAUCAAUGCCCCACGGACCUUUAUAGAGAACUUCAUCAAUGAAAACUAUGAUGUCAACUCUGGAACCAUAUUCAGUGUCAUCGUUAGUAUAUUUGCCGUCGGAGGUAUGAUUGGAUGUCCAUUAGCAAGCUGGGUUGCUGAUACACGUGGCAGAAAGUUUGCAUUAAUCAUCAACGCUGCGUUUGGUGUAGUAGGAGCGCUCCUAAUGGCAUUAAGUAAGACCUCCACGUCGCUGGCAAUGCUCAUUAUAGGCAGAUUUUUUAUUGGUAUAAAUUGUGGAUUUGCUACGACGGCUUCACCGACGUAUGUAUCAGAAAUGGCUCCAGUACGUUUACGUGGGGCUUUUGGAACCGUUAACCAGUUGGCCGUCGCGUUUGGCAUGGUUGCAGGACAAAUACUUGGUAUUGAUGUUAUUCUAGGCAGCGAUGAGGGUUGGCCGUGGCUUCUUGGAAUGGCUAUCAUACCCUCGGCUGUUCAGUUUAUAAUGUUACCAUUCGCACCAGAAACCCCGCGAUAUCUAUUGCUAUCUCAACGAGAUGAGGAACAAGCAAGGAGGGUUCUUUCCAAGAUUAGAGGAACUGAUGAAAUUGACGAUGAAAUAAAAGAUAUGAAUGACGAAGAUCACGCAAUGAAACAGGAGCAAAAGUUUACAAUUGGUGAUUUGUUGCGUAUUGAGUCUUUGAGGACGCCUUUAAUCAUUGGUAUUGUGAUGCAUUUAUCGCAACAGUUAGGUGGAAUUAAUGCUGUUUUGUAUUUCUCUACAACGAUAUUUAUCAAAACUGGCUUGUCUGAAGGAGAUGCUCGUUUGGCUUCUAUUGGAGUCGGUAGUAUGUUGUUCAUCAUGGCUUUGGUUUCAAUACCCUUAAUGGAUCGUCUUGGAAGAAGAACUUUGCAGUUGGGUGGUCUGGGCGGUAUGGCAGUCUUCUCCGUGCUUAUGACUAUAGCAUUCUUUACAUACGAAAACAACAGAACAAUGAGCAUUUUUGCUGUUAUAUUUACCUUAAUGUACGUCGCGUUCUUUGGUGUUGGUCCCAGUUCCAUUCCUUGGAUGAUACUGUCAGAAUUGUUUGGUCAGGGUGCUCGAAGUGCUGCGGUUAGUGUAGGGGCUUUAGUUAAUUGGUUAGCGAACUUCAUAGUCGGUUUGACUUUCAUUCCCAUGUCUGAUCUAUUAGGCAACUAUGUAUUUGUGCCGUUUACUGUGCUGUUGAUAUUGUUCUACGUGUUUACAUACUUCAAAUUACCUGAGACGAAGAACCGAACAAUAGAGGAAGUGACAGCGUUGUUCAAGAAAUAGUCUCGGUAGGAUUUUAAAGCGGCCUUAAGACCACUUCUUAAGAACAAAACAUCUCUCAGAAAAUGAGGAGUGAAAUCAAGACUACGCCCUCGAAGUGGCCAUUCAGGCUGAACGACUUGCAUCACAUUCCUUUAGUGUUAAGCGCGCAAUAAGUUAAAUAACCAAUUUCGAUAGUUACUGUAUUAUUCUAUAUUGGAAACAUUUUUAAUUCCCAGUUUCUUGAAGUCGUAGGACUUGUAGGAAGACUGAACUUUACUUAUCUUUAUAUUUAUCGAAGUACUUAUUCGGAUACUGAAUAUGUCUAUUGGGCUACGUUCGUAAUGUUGCUUUGUGCUUAGAACCAUAACCUUGGUGUAGGUAUAACUUAAAUGUAAGCACUAUUCACAUUAUAAUUCGACACAAUUGCUAGUCCAGACAUGUUUAUUGAGACAAUCGUUAUAGGAAGCGAUAGACGUAAGCACAAAAAAUGCCAUUGUGACAUUUGAAUUUUUAUUUACCCGUAACGUAUUAAUUAUUCAAAGUGGGAGAUUAGGUUCUAAGCGCCAGCAAGCCAUUACGCUCGUACCUCCCGUAGUGUACGAGUUAUUGGUACUAGUUUCUUUCGUUCAAUCUUGCCGGAAUUUGUUUGGGUGUAGAGGACCAAUGUUUUGAUUGUUAUUAUUUAAGAGCACAAUUUUUGAUUUUUUACACUUUGUAUAGAUUUUUAUUAUGUUACAAUCACAGUGCCUUAGCUUAGUUUGUUGAUUUCAUAUUAAAUUUAAAGCUGUUGUUAAGUUUAAGCAUUUUAUAUCGAUAUACUCCAAAGCCAGUUAUUAUGAAACGACAAUUUUCUCAUUUAUUUGUGUAUUUGGAGUACUCGAAAGCUCGAAUUCACCGAAUAAUUUCUAAUUUAUUUUGAGGGUCCGUUUGACACAAACGAAACUCAUCAACUAAAUAUAUUCUCUUUUGUACAAAUAUACUUUAUACAAAUAUUUUUUUUUUAUUCCUUAAAAUUAUAAAUAAAGUACUAAUAAACUUAUUUCAUUAGCACUUUCUAUGUGGUGUACAUGAUUCUCCUAAUUGACUCACUUUCAUAAAAGUAUUAAAAUUAAUUUAUGAUUAAAUUAUAAUUAAUAUACGGCAAGUAUAUGCCCUUUCUCUUGACUCUACGACUAAGCUUUUAAUAUCGUCAAUAUUUGAAAACAUAACUAAGACAGUACUAUAAAAAUCGUAUUGUAUACAAUAAUUAGUAGCUGAAAUCAGAUAUGUAAUAUGAUUGUUAUUAGAAAAAGAUAAUGUUUAGUAUUGUGUAAUGAAGCGAAACAAAACUAUAUUCGUCACAAUCCAAAGUAGUUGCUUGCCUAUUGUAAUGAUUUACAUAAGUUUUCAUUCAGACAAUUUAGUAUUGAAUUGUUGAAUUCAGCAUUGUUAUGUAACCGUCCUAGAGUAUUUUAGUGCCAAGUAAGCACGUAAGUUACGAAUUAUAUAUCUCAUCUAUUCUUGUAGUAUAAGGUGUGGAAAAUAAUAAAUUACGAAUAACAAUAGUAUA